AUGAAAGAAGAAUAACAUAAACAAAAGAGAGACACGACACUAAUACAAUUGUUAGUGUUGUUUGGUGCUUGCUUCACUAUUGGUAUAGUUAUAUUCAAAGUUGUGGGUUUACAAGAAACUUAGAAUGAUUUGUCUUUUGAAUAGGCCUCAUUAAUUUAGGAAUAAACAUACCUGGAGUAACAAAUUAAGGCUUUGCAAAAUUCAUUAACUUAACCUAGUUUUUUAGAAGUGAGAAUGAGUGUGAAUAAAAAACAACAUAAAUAAAAAAUACAUUCAGCUGAACACAAACAUGUUGAAAUAUAGAAGCCAACAGUCGACAAAAAGGAAUACGAAUACUUGGAAUUGCCUAAUAAAUUGAAAGUCUUGUUGAUAAGAGAUCCAGAAACCAAAUUAACAUAAGCAGCAUUGAAUGUUAACGCAGGAUCAUGGCAUGAACCUGAUGAGUUCCCUGGCUUAGCUCAUUUUUUAGAGCAUAUGUUAUUUUAAGGGUCACAUUCCUAUCCUGAAACAAGUUAUUUUGAAUAAUUGGUGGCCAAAGGAGGAGGUUACACUAAUGCAUACACUGAAGGAACCAGAACCAAUUACUACUUCACAAUAGACACCAGUAGAACAAGUGAGGCUCUGAAUGUAUUCGCUCACUUUUUCAUAGACCCUCUCUUAUCAUAAGAGAUGGUCUAAAAGGAGGCGAAUGCAGUGAAUUCUGAGUAUGAGAUAAAUGUAGCAGGAGAUGGAUGGAAGAUAUUGCAUCUAAUGAGUUUAAUGUCAGAUCCUAAACAUCCAAUGAGUAGAUUCACUAUUGGAAAUUUAUAGUCAUUACUUAAGCCUCAUGUUGUUGAAGCCUUAAAAAAGUUUCAUGAAUAAUAUUACUCAUCCAAUCAGAUGGCUUUGGUGAUCAAGAGUUCAUAACCGAUUGAAUAGAUGAAAGAGUUCAUUGAAUCUAGUGAGUUCUUAAAAAUUCCAAAUUUGGGAAUAGAAAAACCAUCUUUGGCUCAUUUUGGACUACCAAUAAAGGAUGUUGCAAAAUUGGUGAAAUAUCACAUCAACACAAGGGCAACGACAGUAAUCUACUUUUAUCAAUUAGAAGAUAGUACUAAAUACUUUGAAACUAAACCUAUUCAAUUUAUUAAUUCAAUAGUGAGAUCAAGACAUGAUGGAGGGUUGUAUAACUACUUAGUUAGUAAGAACCUUAUAGUUGAUAUGGAUGCUUAGCCAUUUUUAGGUAAUAAUGGUUGUUUCUAAUUCUACUUGAUUGAAGUUGAAUUAAGUGAAACAUUGAUUGGGCAAUAAAAGGAUUAUGCUCUAUAAAUUGGAUAAGCCAUAGUAUCCUAUUUUGAAGAAUAGAUUCACAAAUUCUAUGAUGAAGAAUAGAACCCUACUGAUUUCUUAGAAGAAACUUAUAAGACAAAGAAGGCUAUGUCAGAUGUUUAAUUUAAAUUUUUGGAGAAGGACAUAGACAUAUUUAAGUUGUCACACAAUCUGAAUACAUUCCCACCAAAAUAUGUAUUAAAUGCAGAAACCAGUUAUUUUAAAUAUGAUCCUUAAUGCAUAUAUAAUUAUUUAGCAGAUCUAAUGAAUCCAAAUAACAUGUUGAUCAUGGUUGGAGAUGAUGGAUAUAAAUUAGUUUAAGAGGAAAUUGAAAGCGAGGAAUUAAAGGCUUCCUUCUUAUCAUUUUAAUAGCCAUCAACCUUGUUGUUAUAGUAGAAUGCAGAGGUCAGUGAUGCUGAUUUCAUCACUUAGAGUGAACUACAAUUUUCUAAUGAACUCUAUCAUAUAUAAUACGAUGUUAAGCCAAUGGAGAAGGACAGUUUGGAUUUCAUGAUGAUAGAAAACGUUCCACUAAGUUUGCCAUAGAUUAAUCAUUAUGUUCCAGUCAAUUUAGCUUUUAAGUCACUUUGUGAUUAACAACACAUUUCAUAUAUUUAAUCAGUUGAUUCAGACACUUUGUAUGAUAGAAAAAAUAGAUAGAAUAUAUUCAUUGAGAGUACUCACAAAAUGCCAUUCUAUUUCACAUCGAAGAAGGAGUGUAAGGAACAUGAAUUUGAAUAUGAACAAUACAAUCACUUUCCAUAAUUGAUUAAGAAGGACAUUGAAGGUAAAACAUGGUGGAGAUUGGAUAGAUCAUAUAGUCCAACUGUUUAUGCGGGUAUGAAUUUCGAAACAGCUGUUGAUAUGAAAUCAUUAAAGAAAGUGGCAUUGUUAUAAGUAUUUAAUAGUUACGUGUCUAAUAAUUUGUACAAGUCACUCUAACAAUCAUUUGAAGCUGGUUAUGAGUUGUCAUUUGAUUCAUCCAUGAAAGGGUUAUCACUCGAAAUGUAUGGAUGGAGUGAUAAGUUUGAAUACUUCUAUAAGAAUGUGUUAAGAGAGAUUAAGAAAGAAAUCAGUGAUGAUGAUCUUUUGAACAGAGUUAAAUUAAGUUAAAUUACUGAAUUGAGCAAUACAUUUGAGUAAAAAUUAUUCAUCUAAGCCACUUCUGUUAUAUUACCAACCAUUAUUCAAGGUUAACCAACUCCUUCUUAGAUGAUUGAUGAAAUCAAUUCAGUAUCUAGGAAUGAAUUGGCUGAGUUUUAGAAAGAGAUGUUAGAGAAUUUCAGAUUCACAACUUAUUUCACAGGAAAUAUUUUGAGAGAUGAAGUGCAAUCCUUACAAAAUCAAAUUCCCAAGAUAUUUGACGAAUCAACUUCACAUAUCAGAAUUUAGAAUCACGUCUCUUAAGUUUCAGAUUUGAGUCGUAAGUCCAUUGUAUAUUCAAUGGUCUCUAAGUCUACUAAUUAGUUGGACACAAAUGGUGUUACUCUGAAUUAUUAUUAAAUUGGAUACAGAGAUUAGAAGUAAUUAGCAAUGAUGAAUUUAUUAUAUAAGAUUCUCCACAAUGCAGCAUAUGCCUAUUUGCGUACAUAAUUAUAAUUGGGUUAUGUUGUAAGUGUCAAAUUCAAGCCUGUUGGCUGUUUGGACAGUGCUCAAAUUUUGGUUUAGGGAACAGCGAAACCUCCCUAUGUUGUGAAUUAACAUAUAGAAGAGUUCUUAAUUAAUUAUGGACGAGAAUUGAAAGAGAUGACUGAUCAAUAAUUUGAGGAACUCAAAACAACCACUAUAUCCGGAUUGAAGGAAGUUGAGAAGAAUCUUAAGGACAAGGCAAGAAGCACUUGGUCACACAUUAAGAAUAAUGAUUUGGCAUUUGAAGAAAAGGAUAUUGCUGCACAGUAUAUUGGUAUGGUUACAAAACAGGAUCUAUUUUAAUUUUAUGACAAGGUUUUCACUUCAGGAAAGCUCUCCCUUUAGGUGUAUGGACAAGGCAUGAUCACUUAAACCAUGGGAAUAAGUGUUGAUGAUUUAGCCAAUAAGGUGAAGAGCAACUCUCUAUCCAAAGAACAAACCUUUGCUGUCCGAGAUGAAGUCACUGUUUCUACCUCUGAUGAUUUCAAGCAAAGAAUCACUUCAAAUUACAAUUGCAGUUAUAAGAUAAGUAAUAUAUGA